GGACAAACAUACAUACAUCAUGGAAACAAUGGGGGGAGUGCCAAGUUGUACGGCAGUGGCGGAGGUGGUGGCAGGAGCACCGUCCAGGAAGGGGAUGAUAUACCUGGAUGACCCCAUCGCGCCAAACCUGCCAUGCUGGUUAGGAACCCCGGGGAGCCAACCCCCUCCUGCUAUUGGGAUCCACCACGACAGAGAACGAACACCCCGCCCCAGGAUCAACGGAGAUACGUGCCAAGUUAAGAUCGAUUACCGCAACAGCAACAGCAGCAGCAGCAGCGAACAACAACUCAACUCGCGAUGGAGAAGUAAAAGAGAGAAGCGCGUAAAGGACCUUUUGCUAACAGCCGCCCCGUGUACCCGGCCGUGUAGCAUCCAGUCCAGACACAAUUCAUGCCAGAUGGUGCGCGGGAUAACGGUGCACCAGAUGAGCACGCGCGAAAUGCCCAAGAAGAAGAACGGCCCAACAUAA